GGGCGCGGGCGCGGGGAAAAGCCCGGCUAACUAUUGACGUCUCAGGGACCAUCAGCAAUUGGUUGGAAGGCGCUCACUCCAGGAUCCGCUUUCCUACAAUCCCAGCCGGGAUUUCUCAGGCGCUCCAGGACCGGGAGGCCCCGCGGGAUUAAACGGUCCGGGGCGGGGCGGGGCGUGCGCGCAGGCUCGGUCCAGAUUGAUCGCUCGGGGCGGCGCGCGGUUUGGCGGGAUUUUUCUGGCUCCGUUUACCCGCAGAGCCUUGGACUCGGAUGGCUCCGUCGCGGCGGGUGCGGGGCCCAGGGCGCGGCGGUGUGAGAUCUUCAAAGAACUCUAUAGGAAAAACACAUUCCACGAAAGAUAAAGCUGGCCCAGAGCAGAAGCCUACUAAUGUAUUUGAGUAUCCCGAUAAUUCUGGUAUCUCCAGCAUCAGCAGACUGGGUGAACAUGAGAAAGAUGAAGAACCUUAUGAGAUCUUCGACCCUCCUUUACACAGCACUGCUAUAUAUGCUGAUGAAGAAGAAUUCUCCACACACUGUGGUUCACCCAUCCCUUCAACUCCUGAAGGAAAAGAAGUGGAGAAAAGGUCAGACACUUACGAAAUCGAAGCAAGUGAAGACACGUCUGUAGAAAUGAGUGCAAAAAAGCCAGCAAGAAAAGUCAAGCCCAUUAGCAAUGAAUCUGAAAGCCCCGAAGAAGGUGAUAUAAGAAGGAAAGUUAAACCAGCAGAGAAAAUGAGUACAGAACAACGUGAACCUGUUUCAGAUACACCGCGUAUAUCUUCGGAACUUCCAGAGAAACCAGCUGAGUCCACCACUCCUAAAAGAGCAGGACCCCUUAGCGCCACGUCUGGUGUUGAAAAAGAGACCCUGGCGACAGAAAGUCGGUCGAAAACUCAGAAAAAGAAGAUGUUUCCCGGCAAAAGGAAGAAAUCAAGAAGUGAAGCCAUAGACUCAGAUACGUCCGACUGUGUUCAUAUUUGGUGUCUAAAAGGAAAGAAAGCCAGUGAUCUCAUGGAAUUAGAUGUUGUUUUGUCUGCAUUUGAGAAAACCAUCCUAGAGUAUAAACAAAAAGUAGAAUCUAAAAUCUGUAAGGAAGCCAUCAAAAAAUUUCAUGCUCAUAUGGAAGAAGAACUCCUCAAAAUGCUUAAAGACAUCCAGACGUCGAGAACCCUGAAAAGGAAGAACACGAAGAUUAUUUCAGAUAUUGAGAAGAAGAGGCAGCGUUUGCUCGAACUCCAGGAUGAACUGCUUCGGUUAGAGCCACAGAUGAAACAACUACAAAUAAAAUACGUUGAGCUUGAGGAGAGAAAAUCUUCCCUUAGGAAUGCAGCGUGUUUCUUAUCUAACUUAAAACAGCUUCAUCGAGAUUAUUCAGAUACUCGAGAGAAAGAACCACAUGUAAAAGAAACGUAUGAUUCAUCCAGCCUUCCAGCUCUGUUAGUUCAGGCAAGAACCCUUUUAGGAGCUGAGACCCAUCUGCAAAACAUCAACCAUCAAUUAGAGAAGCUCCUUGACCGGAAAUGAAGCCAGCCGACUAAAACAUGCCGAAUAGAAGGCUCAGUCCCCUGCUGCAGCCUGUGGUCUUCCGAUCCAUACUUUUGUAAAUAAAAACUCCCUGAAAAGUUAA